AUGCGAUACUUCGCCAUCAACCGUGCGGCUGACUAUGGCACCAACCCUAAGUUUCCAGCUGAGGAGAGGUCCACAUCACCACCAGAUGAAGACGUUUUGGCCGAAGCCAGAGCCAGGAGCGCAGAGAAACGCAAACGCCGUGCGGCUGUGCUGGAGGUGCUCGUGUUCGGCCUGUUCGUGACGGUGAUCAUGCUCACGGCGUACCAAGAACGGAGCCCGCUGGCUUUCUACAUGACACAGAACGUCAAGGAACAGAUCGUGGGAGGAGGGUUCUCUGAGAUCACAGACAUCGAAUCCUUCUGGGGUUGGGUUGAAAACGACCUGAUCCCGACAACACGGUCAGCAGAGUGGUACAACGGGCGCACCCUGGCAGCAGACACGGUACUGCAGGACAUGUUAACUCAUCCACUGGACUCGGUACAGCUGAGACAACUGCGGCUCAAACAGGGACAACUCUGUGAAACACCAAAGAGACUGCAGCAUGUAACACCACUUUGUACCAUGGGCUUUACUAAACUAACGGAGGAUAUUGUCGAUUACACCCAGGGCUGGAUUCGUCAAAACGAGACCUUCGACACUACAGACCCGGUCCCAUGCACGCCGACAUCAUCCACCCCUACCAGUACAGUGAGCCCGCCGGUCACAGGAGCGGACUGUGUGAGCAGUCUACUGACAGCAGAGGAAUUGGAAACGCCUUGGGAGUACAAUCAUGGUGCUUCUCUUAUUGACAGCUUCCCGUAUUUCGGUCAGCACGGCACAUAUCACGCAGGUGGUUACAACGUUCCGCUGGGAAAGACUCGUGCCUCGGGUCUGCGGUUGGCGACAUUCCUUCACCAGCGCGGCUGGCUGGAUGAGAGAACGCGUGCCGUGAUCGUGGAGCUGAUUCUGUACAACCCACACGCCAACCUGUUCUCCAUGGUGACGCUAGUGGUGGAGUUUACCAACCUGGGAGCUGCCUUCAGAGGGGCAGGGGUUGUAACUUUGAGGCUGAUGCAACAAGAGGCCAUCUUACUCUUGGCAUUGCGAGCUGUCCUGGCAGUCUUCAUUCUUGUGUUUGUUAUUAAAGAAGCCGAGAGGCUUUUCUCCCGUCCGAUGGAAUACCUGAGGGAUUUCUGGAGCUGGGUGGAACUUCUUGUAAUCGUCAUCGGCGUCGCGACCCUUGGUGUCUACUUCAACGCUCAGAGCAUCAUCGACAAAGCUGCCGAACAGCGGGCAUCUUCAAGCUCCGUUCUGGAUCUCUACAAAAGCGCCGUCAACUGGUUUCAGGUUUACACCUACCUGCUCGCGCUGCUCAUCUGUUGUGGCACGUUGAAGUUCAUUCGGCUCCUGCGGUUCAACUCACACGUUUACGCCUUGACCAUGACCAUCAAAAAGUCCGCCAGACGCGUUCUACUAUUUACCAUCAUCGCUGGCAUCAUUCUCAUGGCCUUCACUCAGAUGGGAAAUCUUCUGUUCGGCAUCAAACUUCAGGAUUACAAGAACAUCCUGACCAGUCUGUCCAGCCUGUGUACCAUGAUGUUGGGUGUUUUUGAUUUCGAUGCUCUCGUAGAUGGUCACUAUAUUCUCGGUCCUUUGAUGUUCUUUUCCUACCAGGUCUUGAUGCAGUUCAUAUUACUGAGCAUGUUCAUGGCUAUCCUCAUGGAUGUGUACGCAGAGGAAAGUCAGGAUCCGAACACUGAUGAUUUACAGAUGGUUGGUUUUAUCAGAGAAACCACUUCAGAGGCCGCUGGGAAAGCAAACCGUACCUUGUUAACCGUCGGGAAGAGAAACGUCAUAAAAACAGCCCGGGUUGGAGCCCCGGAUCUGGACAAUAGUAGAAAGUUUUCAAAUGUGUUUGAAGAACUUGCUGGAAAAAUUUAGUAGCCCAUAUUUAACCAGGCGAUGAUCUAUGAGCUGACUGGCCUUGGAACUUGGGGAUAUUUUAAGAGUUGCUUAUAAAAAUGAAAGUGAUAGUUUGAUGAUAGUUUGAUGAUGCCUUGGUGACAAUUGCCAUGUGUCCAACACAUACCUACACUCAUAGGCGCACACACACAAGCAUGUACAUGUAUAUACCCGGCCAGACACGCAUUAACACACAGACAUGCAUUAACAUACACACACACGUACACACACACGUACACAC